AUGAGACGUGUUUGCCCUUCCAUUCUACAUCGGCAGCUGCUGCCACCUUCACUCCCUGUGAGCGGCUGCCGUGGCACCCUUGUAUCAGUGGCCCCCAGGGGGGCCCCUGGGGCGCCCCAGAGGCCCUCAGGAGUUGCUGUUGCUCUCUCCGCAGUCAGCGCUGCUGUGCCUGAUGCCCGCACGAAGCCACAGUGGGCGUGGGUUUGCGGUGGUCUGGGGGGACGCGUGGGGUUGAGAGGUCUGUCAACAUCUGAUAGCUCUGCUGAGGGGGGCGAAGUGGGGACUGAGGGGAAGGAGGAGCGACAUGUUUUCCAGGCAGAGACGCAGAAGCUGCUACAGAUCGUUACGCAUUCCCUCUACACCGACAAGGAAGUCUUCAUUCGGGAGCUCAUCUCCAAUGCGUCCGACGCGCUGGAGAAACUCAGGUUCCUGCAAGCAACGGAGCAGCAGCAGGAGGGGAAGCAACACCAGCAGCAGGAUCGAGGGCAGCUCCGCGUCGUCUUGCGUGUUAACCCUGAAGAGAAGACAUUCAUCAUUGAGGACAACGGAGUGGGAAUGAACCGCGAUGAACUCGUUAAAAAUUUGGGCACCAUCGCGAGAAGCGGGUCGCUCGAAUUUCUGAAGAAUGCGGGGCCAGAUGCGAGCAAAGACAUCAUAGGCCAAUUUGGCGUGGGGUUCUACUCUAGUUUCGUGGUGUCCGAGCGUGUGGAGGUGUACACGCGAUCUCGGGACAGUGGCAAGGUGCUGCGGUGGUGCAGCGACGGCUCAGGUUCUUUUACGUUGUCUGCUGCCCCAGCUGAGUCUCUCAGCUUUCCCUCGGGCACCAGAAUCGUCUGUCAUUUGAAGCGGGACAGUGGCAAGGUGCUGCGGUGGUGCAGCGACGGCUCAGGUUCUUUUACGUUGUCUGCUGCCCCUGCUGAGUCUCUCAGCUUUCCCUCGGGCACCAGAAUCGUCUGUCAUUUGAAACAGGACUGUCUGGAGUUCGCGAAUCCUCACCGAGUCAAGGAAUGCGCUCAGAAAUUCUCGGCCUUUGUCAACUUUCCGGUGUUCAUGGAGGAGAAGGGUAAGGAGGUUCAGGUCUCAUCGCAGGAGGCCUUGUGGCUUAAACCCUCUGCCACCGCUGAUGAGCACAAGCAGUUCUUUAGACAUCUCACGAACCAGUCUUGGGGGGAGCCAUUUUACACAAUCAUGUUUUCAGCUGACGCGCCACUGAGCAUUCGCUCCGUCUUGUACUUCCCGGCGGACCCCCCGAACCGUCUUUUCCAGACAGGUCCUCUGGAGAGUGGGGUUUCUCUGCUGUCUCGUCGUGUGCUCGUGAAGAAGAGCGCCACGGAUCUUCUUCCUAAGUGGCUUUGGUUCCUCCGAGGGAUCAUAGACUGCGAGGACCUCCCCCUGAACGUCAGCAGAGAGCACAUGCAAGAUUCUGUGCUGCAGCGCAAGCUGUCUACAGUCGUCGUUAAGCGCAUCCUCAGGUUCCUCAACGACCAGAUGAAAUCAGACCCUGCGAAGUAUCAGAAGUUUUACCAGAAGUACUCUCAAAACAUAAAAGAAGGCGUCUUGGAGGAUGCACACAGUGGCAGCACCUACAAAGACAUGUUGCUGCCUCUCCUUCGGUUUGAAUGCUCUUCUGAGGAGGCUGGCAAGAUGAUUACUUUAGACGAAUACCUCGAGAAAAUGCCAGCAAAACAGAAACACCUUUACUACUACUGCUGCUCAGAUAGAACGACGGCGCUUUCCUCUCCCUACAUGGAGCAGUAUGUCGCGAAGGGCCGCCCCGUGAUCUUGAUGACGGCGGACAUCGAUGAGUUCCUGGCGAUGAAUCUCUCCGACACUCUUGCCUCCCGAGUGACUACUGUCAAGUUUUCCGAGCGGCUUCUGUCUUCCCCUGCAGUCGUCUCGGGCUUUCUCUCUCCCACACUUAGGCGGAUGAUGAAAGCCACCUUGCAGGGAGCCCCCGAGGCACAGCUUAACCUAGCGAGCCUUCCGGCCACUCUUGAGCUAAACCCUUCACACGAGCUGGUGACGUCCCUGUAUCAUCUCCGCAGCUCAAAUCCAGAUGUGGCCAAGCUCUUGGUGGAGCAGCUGUUUGACAACGCCUGCGUCGCCGCAGGAAUAAUGGAAGAACCCAAGUCCAUGCUGGGGAGAUUGAAUAAGCUGAUGUCUCUAACGGCCCAAUACGCCUACCAUCACGCAGGGGCUGCUGCUGCCCAGCCUUCCCCGACAUCCGGGGAGGCAGCGAAAGCAGCGCCUGAGGAGGCUGCCGAGACGGCUAGAGUUUAA